AUGACGGACAACGGAUCAGGCAGUGGCCUGGCGGCGGUCGCCUUCGACAUCGACGGCGUCUUCAAGUACGGCCGCGAGUGGUCUCCCGACGGCUACUCCGCGCUGCAGCGGCUGGCCGCCGCCAACAUCCCGCACGUGUUUGUCACCAACGGCGGAGGCGGCCUGACCGAGAAGUCGUACGCGAGCGGCUUUGCGGCAAAGGUGACGGGCGCCGCAUCCAACGCGAGCGACCCGGCGCCGCUCAUGUCGGACGAGAACAUGAUCCUCUCCUACUCGCCCUGGAAGCGCGCGCUCGGUGCCGAGCUCGCGAAUCGGCGUGUGCUGCUGGUGGGUGACCCGUACGACAAGGUGACGCAGGUGGCCGAGUCGUACGGGCUGAGGCGGGCGGUGCACUACCAGGACUACGCGCGCCGCCACUCGACGCUCAACCCCUUCCGCCAAGCCAAGGAGGACGGCGGCUCGCACACUGCGGUCGACAACAAGACCACCGGCGCGAUGGGGUCGGCGCAGCGCUCGCAGCAGCCGCCCGCCGCCGACGCGGACGACACCGACCCCUUUGCGGCGGCAAUCAGCGAGUACGACCCGUCGGUGCCGCCCGUGCCCGUCCACUUCUCCAACCCAGACGUGCUGUGGAAGGCGCAGCACCCGUACCCGCGCUUUGGCCAGGGGGCCUUCAAGAUCGCUCUCAAGGCAGGCGACCUUCCGCUUCCUCGAGGAGCGGCUCCGCGCGUUCGCCAGCGCGCCGGCGGCGGGGGGGGCGCGUGCCGAGCGCUUCUACAUGGUCGGCGACAACCCGGCGUCGGACAUCGAGGGGGUGCGGCGCGCAAACAUCUUCCACAAGGCCAAGGGCAACGACACGGCGUGGAAGGGCGUGCUCGUCAAGACGGGCGUCUACAAGGACGGCGACGAGACGAACGGCGCGACCACCGUGGUGGCGGGCGUCGCCGAGGCGGUCGACUGGAUCCUGGCGUGCGAGCGCGAGCACGCAAAGUGAGGCGAGGGGGGGGGGGGGGAUUGCUUGGGGGGUUGGGCGUGGCACGGGUGCGGCCGCUAAGGUUCGUCGACGCUCGACGGGUUUGCACGCUACGCGAGCGGCAUGCAGCUCUCGCGCGCCGACGCGCCGUCCGCCGAUCAAGCGCCACGGCUCUCUCUCGUCUCCCGAUCAAGGUUAUUUUGAUAUUUUGUCGUCCUGGAGUAAAGCCGUCGAGAGACUAGAGUGUGCGAUUUUCUUUUAUUAUUUUCUACUCUUAUA